AUACACGUAUACUGUUCCAUUGAUAAGGAAUUCUACAACCUUUUAAAACCGCACUCACGCUGCCCGCAGUUGUUGAUAUCGAGCGAUAAACAAACAACCAGCCUUUAUCAUGUCUUCACUAAGUGCGAAAAUUGGUCCAUCGAUUCUGAAUGCUGACCUAUCCCAGCUACACGAGGAAUCCCAGCGUUUGUUAGACAACGGAGCCGAUUAUCUGCAUCUCGAUGUGAUGGAUGGUACCUUUGUACCGAACCUCACAUUCGGCCAUCCGGUAGUGAAGUGCCUGCGGAACAAAAUUAAGGACGCUUUCUUUGAGACGCACAUGAUGGUCCAGGCGCCUCAGCAGUGGAUCGAACCCAUGGCUGAUGCAGGCGUGAAUCAGUACACAUUCCACAUAGAACCGGUUACGGACAGUGUUCCGAUCAUUUGUCGCAAGGUGCAAGAAGCGGGUAUGAAAGUUGGACUGGCUAUCAAGCCCGGAACGCCGGUGGAAACCGUGAAAGAGUUCAUUUCGAUUGCCGAUAUGGUGCUGAUAAUGACUGUUGAGCCCGGCUUCGGAGGACAAAAGUUCAUGGCUGAUAUGAUGCCAAAAGUUCAGUGGUUGCGGGAAAACUAUCCAAAUUUGGAUAUCGAAGUUGACGGCGGAGUAGGACUGGGAACGAUUGACGUCUGUGCGAAAGCCGGUGCCAACAUGAUUGUAGCUGGGACUGCCAUUAUUCGUGCCGAUGAUCAGUCAGCAGUCAUUCAACAGUUGAAACAUUCCGUUCAAUCAGUUAUCGAACAUUGAUGGUUGUAGGGGAUAGACCAAGUGUAAUGGUUUAUAUUUUAUAAUAAAAAAAGUUGUGCCCGGUA